AUAACCAAUCAGAUUAUCGCCACUUGCAAACGCUAUCUGACCGAGAACCAUACUCUGUCCAUUUGGGAACAAGACAGUCAGUUGAUCAUUGAGCGUAUGCAAGAAUGCAUCGAACUAAAUCUGGCCUAUCAGGAAGCGUAUCGAAGCACACGGGAAGAGAUGCUCGAAUCCGGUGCCCAGCGUGCGUUCAAUUUUUCCGAAGUGCAAAUUUUCGGAAAUAUGAAUUUGUUCACUCAACGUCUGGAAUAUUUGACUCGGGUCUUACAAACUCUGAUGCAAUAUGCCACCUUGCGCGAAUUCGUUCUGGAAGGCAAAGAACCCAUCAUUAUGAAAUUGGAUCGGUUACACGCGAUCAUCACAUCGAAAAAAUAUCUGGAUCAACGUAAUCAACAAUUUGAAGCCGACUAUGAAGAUUUUAAAGCACGAAUAGCCGAACUUCAUGCCAAUCUGUUGACUGUGAUCGGGGCGUAUUUUCGCAAACCGUGUGACCUGGUCGCACAAAUCAAGCUUCAACAACGUUUGGAGACACUGAAAAUUCCCGAUUUGGAACACAAAGAACGAUACAAACAGAUAUGCAAAAGAUUGAAAGAGGAGUUGUUAAUGAGUGCACGCCUGUUCAAGGCUGGCAUGUCUGAUCCGCCACUGGAUCGUAAUAUGCCCCCGUUUGCGGGGCGUAUUGCUUGGGCUCGAUCCCUGUAUCAACGAUUGGAAGAACCUAUGAACACGUUGGGUAAACGUGCGGCCAAAAUACUGCUCAGUGAACAAGGUCAAGAAUUGGUAGCUCUGUACAACGAGACCGUGGGUCAACUUGUCGGAUACGAGAUCACAGUCUAUCAGACAUGGAGCAAAAUGGUGUGA